UUUGGAGAUAGCCGGUUCAGUUCGAGUAGCGGCAGCAUCUUACCGCAGACACUGGGAACAUUUUCAUCAUCUUCUGUCUUCAGUCGACUUCUGCCUUUCGCCGCUUCCUCAGGACGCCUUCUUCCACUUCAAACCUAGACUCUGAUUUGAGUUGCGGACAUUUAUGCGCUGUCAGGUAUGCCGCUGCGCUCACAUUGCGGAGGGAGAAGCUGCGAGGCUUAGAAUAAACUUCAUCCAAGAGCGACUGAAAGCCACAGAGGAGAAAAGAGAGGUCCCUGUCGUUGACACUCAUCUGAUCACCUUACUCCUUUUCUAAACCACUCUGUAACCUCCACUCUUCCUAAUGGAAGCCAGAGGAAAGUACGAGUUUGCUGCAACAGGAGACGAUGAGCUCAGCUUCAGAAAAGGCGAUAUACUAAAGAUAUUAAGCCUCGAGGAUGAUUGGUGUAAGGCUGAGAUGGAUGGACGGGAAGGAUUCGUACCUAAAAACUACAUUGAAAUGCAAACACCAGAGUGGUUUCAGGAGAACGCUAGUCGCAGCAAUGCAGAGGAUAUCCUGAGGCACAAAGACGUGGGAUACUUUGUGAUCCGAGGAUGCCAAAGCUCCCCUGGAGACUUCUCCAUCUCUGUCAAACACGAAACUGACGUCCAGCACUUCAAAGUGAUGCGGGACAACAAAAGCCAGUACUUCCUGUGGUCCGAGAAGUUUGUCUCCCUGAACAAGCUGGUGGAGUUCUACAAGACCACCUCCAUCUCCAAAACCAGACAGAUCUUCCUCAACGACGGCAGCUCGGAAAGCAGGGGCCGCUGCCUGAGCCAGGUGAAGAGGGGAAGUUUGCCUGAACAGUCUAACUCGGCUGCAUCCAUCGCUGCAUCGCCCCGUAGAGCUUCAGACCAGACUCACAGCCAGAUGGCUAAAAAAAUUGGUCUGGAAGAGCGAGCUCACACCAUAGGCCACACAGGAAGAAGCAGCCCUGUUAGCUCUGCAUGUCCUCCUCGCCGCAACUUCGACACCAUGCCUCUGCCUCAGAGGGCCUCCACCAUGCAGGUGAGGGCACUGUAUAACUUCAAUGCAGAGGAAGAAGAUGAGCUCGCCUUCUCCGCCGGUGACAUCAUCGAGGUUAUAGACCGCUCUGACCCAUCUUGGUGGAAAGGGAGGCUUCAGGGAAGGAGUGGGUUGUUUCCUGCAAACUACACAAUACAGCUGUGAGGAAACACCCCUUGGCAAUGCCUUUACCUUACACCUGGGCAUAUUCACACACUCAGUCUAUAGGUGUGCCGGUUCUCUGCGUGUUUCUGAAAGUUAACACAGUGCCAAGCUUCUAACCUGCUCUGCAGAGGACUGAGUCAUAGUGUUCAUACAUGCACUGCCAACAAGUGUGACUCCUUCAGGGUUUGUUGAACAUUUGUUUGCAGAGGAGCAAAAACACACCUGCAGGAACUUUUGAAACAGGAAGUGCUGCGCAUGCAUCUGGCCCUGAAGAGUGUUAUCACUGUUUGUCUUAUGACAUGUUUGUCAGCAGGUAUUUAUUAGCUGAAUGCUUGUUGUCCAGGCUGCUGAUCAUUCCGCUCAUGUUUAAUCUCAGUUUUUACAGCAACGAUGGCAUAAAAGUUUAAUUUUCUUCCAGCUUUCUUACCAGGAAAUAAAAUGCUUUUCUUACAUUUUUCAACCCAGUAGUGAGGGAUUUCUGUGGAAAUUCAACUUGAUCUACUUUAUAUUUGUCUUUCUACAGACAGGGUUCGUCAUCCUUCAUGUUUAAACUUCUGACAUUUCCUGAUAUAUGUUUACUUUGGUACAGUCAAGUAAAAAAAAUAUAAUUUAAACUGCAUUCACUUCUGAGGUUUUAUAAAAUGGUCUUUAGGAUGAUACCUGAUGGUGGCAUUGUAUUAACACAACUGAAUGAUGCAAAAACUGAUUUUAUAAAGGUGUUCACACAGAUACUGAUCAGGAUGUCAUGUGGAUUCAAUCUAACCUGAUUUAUUUUUACCUUUUUAAUAGCUGAGGGAGCAGUAAGGAUGGACGUAGCUUUUCACAUAUUGACUGUAGUUUGGUUCAUGUAAAUGUUUUUUGUGUGUGUGACCGGUAUAAAACCUUAGAACUGAAGGAGGUUAGACUUUUUUUUCCCGUGUGACCUUUUUGUGUAACGGUUUUUCUCUCUUUUUAGACCUAUUUUCUUUCAAACUUUGUUCAGCUGCAUCAAGUUACAAAAACUAAACCAUGUAAGGAGAGUUGGUCAUCAAAAUAAAAGCUGCAUAAGUGCCAAUUGUC